AUGAUAAAGCUGGAAGAAGUGUUCACGCUCGAAAUUUUAAUAAAAAUUUUGAGCAAGAUCUUCGUGAAGGGGAACUACUGCAUAACGAAGGAAGACAUUAACACAAAGAAUUGCCGAGUGAUGAUUUUCGAGUCCAAGUUAGACAUGCCAAAUUUGAAGAAAAAUGGAGACGAAGAGUUUAUAAACAUGCUCUUCUAUUUCCUGAACAAAAAUUAUUUAUUCUUUAUUGAAAGUAUUGAGUCGAUUAAUUUAUUUUUUAUUAACAACUUUUUCCCUCAUAUUAUUUUGGGUCUGAAUAAUGGCAAAGUAUUUUUGUACAAUCAUGAAGGCAUCAUCUGCAUGCAGAAUAUGGACAGUAAAAUAAAAUUGAUUUUUGUUGAGAGGCAUAAGGAGUACAUCCUUUUGGUGUAUGAAAAUAACACCGUGGUGAAUACAAAUAUUUAUUUAAUUAAAAGAGCUUUGGAAAGUAACUCGAAAAUUUUACCACUGGAUUAUUCAUUUACGGUUAAUAAAAAUAUGACCAUAAAUCAUAUAUUUUUGAGAAACAAUAAUUACUCUCCUGAUAUUUUUAAGAAAGACUUAUAUUGUAUUUACACUAGGGAUGACUUGGCUAGGUACAUCACAGAUGCAAUUAUUUCACAUCAACCUCAGUAUAACAGAAUUGGUAAUGCCAAUUAUGUAAUCACUUCGAAGACGAUGACCAUUUCGAUACUUUGUCUCAUUCGACCGAAUGCUAGUAAUGAUCUUUUAACAAAGAAGGAAAAUUUUGGAGCAUCAGAAAAGCUUAGUUCCAGAAUUAAUAAUUUUUUGAAAAAUAUGUUUACAAAGAAAAAUGACUCCUCUUCUGCGAUGAGACAAAUUAUUGACAUAUGCAUCUGCCCGUGGAAUCAAAACUUGGUACUAGCAUUGGAUAACUUAGGAAGGAUAUGUCUCUUUAAUAUAUGUACUCUCAGCAUUUUGCACAUGUGGAAGAGUUACCGAUCAGCAUUUAUGAGCUUUAUUCAGAAAAGGAAACUGGCUACUCGUCAUUUGGCUAGCUUAUCCAAAGGAGGGGGAGUUACUAGUACGAAUGGAAGCAGAACUGGGAAUGGUGAAAACGGAGACCAGUUAGACGAUAAAGCAAUUUUAUUUUACCUCAAAACGAGAAACUUAAUCGAAAUUUGGGACAUCAAGACUCUGCAUAAGGUGUAUAGCGUGCGGACGUAUGAGGACCCCCAUCUCUUUAAAAUAUUUUUUGCCGACCACAACGUUCCUAAUAAAAUUUACUUCUUCAGCACCAGUCACCACGUCUUCUUGAUGAACACAAACUUUGAGUUGUUUCACGUCAAGUGGCCGGCCUGA